AAGCAAGCCAUUCGAAGGCUGGGGAUAUACAGUAUCAAGCCGGCGUACACUCCACCUCCCAUGAAGACGCAAAAGUCCAUGCCACCACCACCGACAUCCUCUCCAUACCAUGCCUCACGCCGCCGUGGCUUGUAUCCGGGCAUUCUGGAAACGCCAUUGGACAAUCUUGACCCGAUUUUGUACGUCCGUGAACAGCGACAUGCGCUAAAGGUUGAGGAAAAGAAGCUGCUGUUGAGGCGGUGGAAACAUGCUUGGGAAGAUGUAAGGCCCGCCCAACCGUAUUGGUACGAGUUAAAGACAAAACAGUUCAACACCGAGCUGAAAAAGGCGUUCUGGCUGGAUGAGCUUCCUGGGCGAGCCGAUAUGGAAUGGGAUGUGCGAAGGGAACUCAAGGACCUGCAUAAUCGGGUCAUCAUGGAAGAAUUGAGUAAAGAGCUGAAGAGGGUCCAGAGCAAUAUGGGAAAAGUGAAAGCGAAGUGA